AUGGGUUUCGGGUGUAUGGCUCAUGCCGAUGUCGGCAUCCAAGCCGGCGUCGCAGGCCACGCAAGCUUUUUCUGCAACACAGCACUUUGUGCAGGAUAUCUUCGGCCCAGCCAACCGCCCAGGCCGCAUCCAGCUCGACGCAUCAUGUCUGGAAGCAAUCUCGACACGUCCCACAUCACCUUUGACCUGUCCUACUCUCUAUGGGUCGAGACAACCCCCGGAAGCUACAAAAAUAUCUGCCCGACCAAAUCAGGAUCCGCCGAUGACUCGGAAUUGAUGUGCGUCUUGCCGAGGGACUUGCCAUUUGAACGCAUCAAGGCGGGCAUAUUCAGAGCCCUGGGUUCGAAAUUGAACCAUCAUGAUGCCGAUCUCGUACAAAUCUUGAAGACUGCUGAUAGCAACAAGCAAAUCGAGCUGUGUUGCAAUCUCAGCAAUCCCAUCGACUGGAUGCAGCAAUUCGUGGUCACAGAUGAUGCUAGUUUCAAGGCCUUCUUGGCUAGAGAGAAGGCUUCCAUCAAGAACUUCCCCGGAUGUAAACCAAAGAUCAAUAUUACAAUGACCAAGCCCGAAGAGAACUCCUGGAGUGGAACUCCCACAAGCAAACCAAUGUCUUGCCACCCACCCCAGUCCCCUAUAAACUUGACUGAAGCAUCGGGGUCGCAAGUGAUUAUCCCCCCACAAGUUACAACGUCCGGCGAGCCGGAAUCAAGCAGUGCUGAUCAAAAUGUGGCAUCAACAACCUUGUCCAGCCCCGCAGAUCAAUCGCGACCGCCUAAACGACCGAGACUGAGUCAGGAACCUUCGAAAUUGGACCCAGAGACCCUGAAGAUGGAAGAUUUCCUCAAGAUCUGCCACAUCCCUCCCGAUGACAAACACACCCGCCAGCUCAUCACUAUCCAUCGCCUCCAUCAUUGGACAGUCUUCAAUCACCUGUCCGUCGAAGAAAUGAAAGAUCUUGGCUUCUCGGUCGGACCCGCUAUCCUCAUCAACGCCGGUGCCUCUGAAGUCAAGCGUCAAGUGGCUCUGGAAGCAGCUACCUAA